UCAGACAAACCACUAGGUCUAGGCUCCGUUAAGUGUGACUCAGCUGUUUGACAACUGCGUUUCUUGACGAUCUCCUGCAGUUCAAGCCUACCUCCCAGUGAAUAUGGUGACUUCCUACCCACUGCCAGAUGGAUUCAGUGAACUAGAGGUAUUUGGGAUUGGCACGGCACUACUUGUAGAAGCUCUUCUUGGUUUGUGCCUGAAUGGAAUUACUGUACUGUCUUUCUACAGAAUCAGACAGCUUCGGACCCCAAGUAACCUUCUUAUCAUCAGUCUGGCAGUUGCUGAUAUUGGUAUUUGUAUGAAUGCUAUGGUUGCUGCCUUUUCUAGUUUUUUAAGGUAUUGGCCAUAUGGAUCUGAAGGUUGUCAGAUGCAUGGAUUUCAAGGUUUUGUAGCUGCACUUUCUGGCAUCAACUCGUGUGCAGCCAUUGCUUGGGACCGGUAUCAUCAAUACUGUAGUCGAACAAAACUGCAGUGGGGCUCAGCAAUAUCAGUUAUUAUAUUUAUUUGGGGAUGCUCCGUUUUCUGGUCCAUGUUACCACUGUUUGGAUGGGGAGAAUAUGAUUAUGAACCGCUAAGGACAUGUUGUACACUGGACUACGCCAAAGGAGAUAAGGGUUUCGUCUCAUAUCUUUACACAAUGGCUUUUUUUAACUUUGUGGUCCCAAUCUUCAUUAUGUGGACUUCUUACCAAACAAUGGAGCAGAAGUUUAAAAAAACUGGAGAGAAUAAGUGUAAUACACGUUUGCCAGUGAAGUCUUUGGUGAUUUGCUGGGGUCCUUACACACUGCUGUGUGCAUAUGCAAGCAUAGAAAAUGUUACUGUCUUAUCACCUAAACUAAGAAUGAUUCCAGCCAUUCUUGCUAAAACUGCUCCAGCAGUCAAUGCCUUCAUCUAUGCUCUUGGAAACCAGAAUUACAGAUGUGGAAUCUGGCAGUUCCUUACAGGUCAGAAAAUCGAACAAGUGGAAGCUGACAGCAAAACAAAGUAAAGGAGUUCAGUGGUACACAAAUGUAGUAGUAAAUAGUGAACUGAAAUUAUUCAUGUAGGAGUAGAAAUUACAUUAUAUAAAAUUCUAGUAACUCCUGUGGGUUCCACAUUGGAAGAAAAUUUUACUUUAUUUCUAAAAAGUAAAUACAUAGGUGGAAUAAUUGUAUCUGUCAUACAGAAUGACAUCUAAGUGAGCCUUGUCAAACACAUUGCCUUUCUAUUAUGCCAUUGUUCAUCGAUCUCCCUGUAACAUCAUUACAAAUAAAUAUUAUUCUGCCUUUUCUUCUUCCUA